UAGCGGCUUGAGAGAGAAUACGAGGGAGGAAGGGUGUCGAGAGAGAGGGAGGGAGAGGGCAGGCAGCAGUGUGGCAGAGGCAGCGUCGCCAGCAGCAGCGUAUCAGACAGUCACGCUUCGCACCGCACGGAUACAAGAUGACUCGGUUGAAUUUCAAGGGAAUGAUGGCUCCCACCUUCGCCCCAUUCAAGGCAGAUGGAAGCCUCAACCUGGAGAUGGUGAAGCCCUACGCAGCACACCUGAAGAAGCAAGGAGUGACUGGGGUGUGGGUGAACGGCUCUGUGGGGGAGGGCCUGUCGAUGACGGUGGCGGAGCGAAAGGCGGUGGCAGAGGCGUGGCUGGCCUGCCGAGAUGAUGUGCCCACUGUUAUCGUGCAUUGCGGGGCUGUGUGUCUUAAGGACGUGCAGGAGAUGGCUUGUCAUGCAGAGAGCCACGGGGCGAGUGCCGUGGCCGUGCUGCCCAAUGUGUACGAGCGCCCCGCCACCACCGAUCAGCUAGUGGACUACAUGCAGGAGGUGGCCAAAGCGUGUCCCCGCACCCCGCUCUUCUACUACCACAUCCCCAUGAAGACCUGUGUCAACUUGUCGAUGAGCGAGUUCCUGGCGAAGGGCGUGAAGCGUGUGCCCACCCUGGCCGGCAUCAAGUUCACGGACAUGGACGUGAGCGGCGAGGGGCGCAAGUGUCUGGCAGUGGACAGCUCCCUCACUAUCUUCAGUGGUUUUGACGAGUCCCUUCAGGAAGCUCUCAGCGUGGGCUUCACCGCAUGCGUCAACUCCAGCGGCAACUUCGUCCCUCAGCUCGGCUCUCGCAUCUUCUCCCUCAUGGCUGCCGGCGACGCUGACGGGGCUAAGAAGGUGCAGGACCAACUACUUGACUGCCUCGCCAUCAUCUUCGCGGAAAGCGGUGGGUUCAACGGAGCAGGCCUGAAGGCAGCGUGCACCAUCCUGACUGGGCUACAGCUGGGGCCUACUCGCCUCCCGGUGCAGAUGCUGACGCAGGACAGAAUGAACACUGUCAGGAAGAACCUUGGGAGCCGCGGCUUUAAGGUUUACUGAGAUAAUACACCCUGCCGGCGACGCUGAAGGAGGCGGAGUAGGAGGAGGAGGAGGAGGAGGAGGGCAUGGUGGUGGUGAAAAUUGAGUGGAUGAGAGAGAGAGAGAGAGAGAGAGAGAGAGAGAGAGAGAGAGAGAGAGAGAGAGAGAGAGAGAGAGUAAAGGAAUAAAAAGAAUCCAAGAUGAAAGAAAAAAAAAACUGAUAAAAUAGAAAAGGAGGAGAGUACAAGAGAAGAUGAAAAGGAACGAUAUAAAAGAAGAAAGCUAAGUACAAGAAGAAAACGAGAAAAGAAAGGAAGCAAAAAAAAUAUGGAAGAUAAAAAAAUAGAAGAUAAAGUAAUUAACAGAACCUGAAUGAAAUAAGAAAAUGAGGAAAUAUGAAAAACAGAGCAAGAGACAGACGAAAACAAGAAAAAAUAAAGAACAAGAACAAGAAAAGGAUGAACACAAACAAAACAAAAAAUACGAGGGAAUAAAUGCAGGAAGUGUAGAAAGAAGAGCGUAGCAUCAUAGGAACAUAACAGGAAAAGUAGGUGACUAAAAAGUUUUCCAGUAAAUAAUUGCCUACUAAAGUAGACGAAUCAACUAAGUAGUAAUACAAGUAGAAGGAAGAGACCAGUAUCAGUAAUAGUAGUAGUAGUAACAGUAGCAGUAGUAGUAGUUACUGUUGUUGUUGUAAUAGUAUGAGGAGGAAGAGAAAAAAAAAGGAGGAGGAGGGUAAUAAUGUAAUAGAGCAAGGAAUUGAAGAGAAGUAAAGCAGAUGAGUAUAAAUAGUAGGAGGAAAGAAUAUAAAAAGAGAAGGUCGAAUAGGGGAAUAGAAGAAGAGGAGAAGUAGGAGGGGGAAUAUGCAUAACAAAACCAAUCACCUCCAGAAUGUGACUGACACAACUUUAAUUAAUAUUCCUCCUUUCCAAACCUUUUUUUUUUUUUAACAUACGAUAUUAAGGAAGCUGUUAUUUUUAUUUUUUUUUUUUAAGAGUUUCAUCAUUCUAUUACUUUCUUUUCUAAGGAACCUUGGGAGCAGGUGAUGGUGACGUCAGGCCAGGUGGUGGUGACUGAUGUACCUAUGAUGACAAUUUUAUUUAUAUCAUCACUGUUUUCGUUUGUGAAAUACGGUUAUUUUGUUCUUUUAGGACUUGAAAUGUAGAGAGAGAGAGAGAGAGAGAGAGAGAGAGAGAGAGAGAGAGAGAGAGAGAGAGAGACUGAGCAUUAUCAAUUUAAAACCAUGUUACAAAGUUGUUAACCAUUAGUACGUAAAUAACGAGUGGGAAUGAUACCCUUCGUUCACUUGCCAUGUCAGCAGAAUACUUCAUAAAUUUAAUAUACGAGAUAAUAAAACUAUAUUCCUCCUC